CAUCACAUCCGUACGGUCAGCGCCCGCGUCAACUGCCACGUCACCUGACACGUCAUCAUACUGAGUUUUGUUCCGAUGUGUCGCAGAAGCUGAUAGUCUGACACGUGGCUACAUCAUCACCGUUGAGGGGUUUUGAUCCAGUACGACACAGGAUCAAUCAGUUGACAUGUGGUUAAAUCAGGACCACUCUUGAGUAUUGAUCCAGUGCGACUCAGGCCAUCAUCUGCUGACACGUGGCUUCAUCAGAACCGCUACUGAGGUUUUGAUCCGGUGCGACGCAGGCGGUACUCUGGCUGACAUGCGGCUGCAUCUGCACCGUCCGUUAAUCCAAAACUUUGAUUGCUAAAAUCUGAGCCAUCCGAAAUCCGAUUGGGGUGAUCCCAGUGUCAUUUCCAAGGUUUUCGGCUGUUCCGGACACAUCUGUAAGGUCAGAUUUGGGAAAUUCGAAUUGGAGAAGUAGUAAAAAUGGCAGAUGAAAUAAAAGCAGCUGGAAUUGAAAAAUUUGAUGGGACAGAUUUUGGAUAUUGGAAAAUGCAAAUUGAAGACUAUUUAUAUGGGAAGAAACUUCAUGUUCCUCUGUUGGGGAGCAAACCAGAAAAUAUGCCAGAAGAAGAUUGGCAAAUUCUUGAUAGACAGGUUUUGGGCAUUAUCCGGCUAUCCUUGUCGAGAAGAGUAGCUCACAAUGUUACAAAAGAAAGAUCCACUGCAAGACUAAUGGAAGCUUUGUCUGGGAUGUAUGAGAAGCCCUCAGCAAAUAACAAAGUGCACCUGAUGAAGAAGUUGUUCAACUUGAAGAUGACAGAAAGCACCUCUGUGACACAACAUCUCAACAACUUCAAUACCAUCACAAAUCAAUUGUCAUCUGUUGAGAUUGAGUUUGAUGAUGAGAUCCGUGCACUCAUUUUGCUGGCUUCACUUCCAAGCAGUUGGGAAGGUAUGAGGACAGCCGUGAGCAACUCAGCUGGAAAAUCCAAACUGAAAUAUGAUGACAUUCGAGACUUGAUUUUAGCUGAAGAAGUGCGAAGGAAAGACUCAGGUGAAUGUUCAAGUUCAGGAUCAGCUCUCAACAUUAACACUCGAGGGAGGAGACAGGAUAGAGGCUUAUCCAGAGGUAGAUCCAAAUCAAGAUACAGAAGUAAAAGCAAGUUCGGACCCAGAAAACAGGUUGAAUGUUGGAAUUGUGGCAAACCUGGUCACUUCAUGAGGAAUUGCAUAAAACCGAAAAAACCUGAAGCUGACUCUGCAAACGCUACCACAGAUGAGGUGCAAGACGCUUUGAUUCUUGCUGUACAAAGUCCAAUUGAUGAUUGGAUUCUUGAUUCUGGUGCUUCAUUCCACUGUACACCACAUCAUGAGAUGAUGCAAAACUAUGUUGCUGGAGAUCACGGUGUAGUCUAUCUGGCCGAUGGACAACCAAUGAAGAUUGUGGGUAUAAGAGAUGUGCAAAUCAAGACAAUGAAUGGAUCUACAUGGAUCUUGCAAAAUGUAAGGCAUGUUCCUGGACUAAAGAAGAAGUUGAUCUCAGUCGGACAACUUGAUGAUAGUGGUCAUUCAAUUCUUUUUUCUGGAGGUAUGUGGAAGGUAUCAAAGGGAGCAAUGGUUUUGGCUCGUGGAAAGAAAACCGGCACCCUGUAUAUGACCACAAGAUUUGAAGACAUUAUUGCCUCUACUGAAUCAGAAAAUCAAGCACAUCUAUGGCACUGUAGACUCGGCCAUAUGAGUCAAAAGGGGAUGAAGAUACUUCAAUCAAAGGGAAAGCUGCCAGAGCUCAAAAAUGUUGAUCUAGACAUUUGUGAAAGUUGUGUUCUUGGAAAACAGAAGAAGCUCAGUUUCUUAAAGGUUGGCAGGACCUUAAGACCAAGAAAGCUAGAACUGGUACACACAGAUUUAUGGGGACCGUCUCCAGUAGCAUCUCUUGGAGGUUCUCGGUAUUACGUCACAUUCAUUGACGAUUACAGCAGAAAGGUAUGGGUCUACUUUCUGAAAAAUAAAUCUGAUGUGUUUGAAACAUUCAAGAAGUGGAAGGCUAUGGUUGAAACUGAAUCAGGCCUGAAGUUGAAAUGUUUGAGAUCCGAUAAUGGAGGAGAAUACAUUGAUGGAGGUUUCAAAGAGUAUUGUGCUGUUAAUGGCAUCAGAAUGGAAAAGACCGUUCCAGGCACACCACAACAGAAUGGCAUUGCUGAACGGAUGAACAGGACCAUCAAUGAACGAGCUAGAAGCAUGAGGUUGCAUUCAAGGUUACCUCAAACAUUUUGGGCCGAUGCAGUUCAUACUGCAGUUUACUUGAUCAACCGUGGACCAUCAGUUCCUUUAGAGUUCAGAUUGCCCGAGGAAGUAUGGAGAGGAAAAGAGGUACAACUCUCUCAUUUAAAGGUCUUUGGGUGUGUUUCCUAUGUGCAUAUAGAUUCUGAUGCUCGCAACAAGUUAGACGCCAAAUCCAAGAAAUGUUUCUUCAUUGGUUAUGGAAAUGAAGAAUUUGGAUUUCGGUUCUGGGAUGAUCAGAAUAGAAAGAUUAUCAGAAGCAGGAACGUGAUCUUCAAUGAGAAAGUUCUGUACAAAGACAGAUCAAGUGCAGAAACAGAUAAGGCUGAUUCAGAUACAAGUCCACAAGGAUCUGAAUUCAUAAGAUUAGAAGGCCUUCCCGAUGUUACUGAGCAGAACAACAAUCAAGAGUCUUUACAAGAAAAUUCAAGCACAUAUGUGCCCCCUGCUACACAAGAAGAUGCGGAGCAAAUUGAACCAGCUGUUCGCAGGUCUUCAAGGACGAUAAAGCCCCCGCAACGGUUCACACUUUUACUGAAUUACAUUUUAUUGACAGAUGGUGGUGAACCGCUAACUUAUGAAGAAUCCUUACAAGAUGGAAACUCAAGCAAGUGGGAGUUGGCCAUGAAGGAUGAGAUGAGUUCGUUGCUGAAGAACAAGACUUGGGAGCUAACCACACUGCCUGAAGGAAAGAAGGCUUUACAAACCAAGUGGGUUUACAGAGUGAAGACUGAGCAUGACGGAAGUAAACGGUUCAAGGCAAGACUUGUUGUCAAAGGGUUUCAACAAAAGAAAGGCAUUGACUACUCUGAGAUAUUUUCUCCAGUUGUGAAGCUCACAACAAUCAGAGUUGUUCUGGGGAUAGUAGCAGCAGAGAAUUUACAUCUUGAGCAAUUAGAUGUAAAAACAGCCUUUCUUCAUGGAGAAUUGGAGGAAGACAUUUACAUGCAACAACCAGAGGGGUUUGAAAUACAAGGAAAGGAGAACCAAGUCUGCAAGCUAAAGAAAAGCCUAUACGGUUUGAAGCAAGCUCCAAGACAGUGGUACAAGAAGUUUGACAACUUCAUGUGCAGUUCCGGGUAUACAAGAUGCCAAGCUGAUCAUUGUUGCUAUGUCAAACAUUUUGACAACUCUUACAUCAUUCUACUAUUAUAUGUAGAUGAUAUGUUGAUUGCAGGAUCCAGCAUUGAGGAGAUUGAUAAAUUGAAACAACAGUUGUCAAAACAGUUUGAAAUGAAGGAUCUGGGAGCUGCUAAACAAAUACUUGGCAUGAGAAUCUUCAGAGAUAAAGACAAAGGCGUACUAAAGCUUUCACAAACAGAGUAUGUCAAGAAGGUUCUCAGCAGGUUUAGUAUGGAUAAUACUAAACCAGUAAGUACACCACUGGGGAAUCAUUUCAAGCUCAGCAAAGACCAGUCACCAAAAACUGAGCUAGAAAGUGGAUACAUGGAUAAGAUUCCAUACGCCUCAGCUAUCGGCUCUUUGAUGUAUGCUAUGGUCUGUACCAGACCAGACAUUGCCCAUGCAGUGGGAGUUGUAAGCCGAUAUAUGAGCAAUCCUGGAAAGCAGCAUUGGGAGGCGGUUAAAUGGAUCAUGAGGUACUUAAAAGGGUCAUCAGAAACAUGUCUCACCUUCACAGCUGGUGGUUUGAAACUUGAAGGUUUUGUAGACGCUGAUUUAGCAAGAGAUGUUGAUAGCCGAAAGAGCACUACAGGAUAUGUAUAUACUCUAGGAGGUACUGCUAUUUCCUGGAGUUCUACCUUACAAAAGAUCGUCGCUCUUUCAACAAUAGAAGCUGAAUAUGUUGCAGUCUCAGAAUCUGCAAAAGAGAUCGUAUGGUUGCAGAGUUUUCUGAAAGAAUUGGGCAAGAUGAAUGAAAAGGGUACUUUGUAUAGCGAUAGUCAGAGUGCAAUCUUCCUUGCCAAGAAUCCAGCAUUUCACUCAAGGACGAAGCAUAUUCAGAUCAAAUAUCACUUCAUCCGACAAUUGCUAGACGAGGAGCAACUGAUGCUAGAAAAGAUCUGCGGAAGCAAGAAUCCAGCUGACAUGUUAACCAAAGGAGUUACUCUUGAUAAACUGAAGCUGUGUAAAGCUUCAGUUGGUCUCAGAAAUUAAAAGACAGAUCUAGCACCAUUUGUGUCCAAGUGGGAGAUUGUUAAGUGUGGACACAAGAUGGUGGUGGUGGCAGCCAUGUCAAGCAUGGCUGCUGUCAAACAUGGCUGCAAGGUUAGGCAUGGUAGGUUGCCUAACCAUUGAAAAUGGUGGCUGCCAUAUUUGACUAAAGAAGAGUGUCUUGUUUAUAUAUAGAGAUGCUAACAGAGAGACGUAGGAUGAGAAGAUCAAGAGAGAAACACAGAGAGAGAGAGCUAGGGAGAGUUGAGUUGAGUAGAGAAUUUUUCUCCUCCUCCUUGUUUUGUUGUUUGUAUUGUUUCCAAGCUUGAUUAAUACAAACCAGUAGCUCCGUGGAGUAGGCAAGUUGCCGAACCACGUAAAUUUGUGUGUGUUUGAUUGCUAGAAUGUCCCAACACUUCUGUGAUGCAGUCAUUUCUGUAGAGGUGAGUGCCUAUGUUCUCCAUGCCAUUUUUUAUAGGAGAAGAAGUUACGGACUUUGACGCAACUUGAAAGAGGUUUUGAUGCCAGUACACAGGGACUUGGCAAAAGUUAUGAAAAUUUUACAAGUAAAAUUGACUCUCAAAUCUCGAAUUAUUUUGUAACAUGAUGAAAGAGGAAGUUGACUUCUAUCCCUUGAUUACACAGGCAAAUAGUGAACAUCCAUUAGCAAAGGCUGUGGUGGAGCAUGCCAAGUGGCUGUGGCAGAAGCAUGGUUCAUCAAGAGAACAGGUCACAGAGGUCAGGGACUUUGAGGUGCAUCCUGGAACUGGGGUGAGUGGAAAAGUUGGUGACAGAAGGGUUUUGGUUGGGAACAAGAGGCUCAUGAAUGCUUUCAAUGUAUCUGUUGGUUAUGAAGUUGAGAGCUAUAUCUCUGAAAAUUAGCAAUUUGCUAGAACAUCUAUACUAGUCGCCAUUGAUGGAAAGGUUGCUGGAGCUUUCUCUGUGACUGAUGUGAUGAGACCAGAAGCUCAGCUUGCUGCGUCUUUUCUCCGCUCACUGGGCAUCUCAAGCAUCAUGACCAAAGGUGACAACUGGGCUGCAGCCACAGCCAUUGCGAAGGAGGUUGGAAUUGAGGAUGUGUAUGCCGAAAUAGAUCCCGUCGGAAAAGCUGCAAAGAUCAAAGAGUUACAGAUGAAAGGGAUGAACGUUGCAAUGGUCGGAGACGGAAUAAAUGACUCGCCAGCCCUGCUUGUAGCUGAUGUUGGGAUGGAAAUUGGUGCUGGGACAGAUGUGGCUAUAGAAGCAGCUGAUAUAGCUCUCAUCAGAAGCAACUUGGAAGAUGUAGUUUCAGCCAUUGAUCUAUCCCGAAAGACCAUCUCCCGAAUUAGGAUUAACUAUUUCUGGGCACUUGGCUACAACAGGAUUAGCUUGCCUAUUGCUGCUGGCAUUCUGUACCCUUUCACUGGAAUUCGGUUACCUCCUUGGCUUGCUGGUGCUUGCAUGGCUGCUUCAUCUCUUAGUACGGUUUGUUCCUCUCUUUUGUAGCAGUCUUAUAUAUGUAAAGCCUCUUCAUAUAGAGCACUGUAAAAGCACUAGCUAGAAGGCCACCUAGGAGCUUCAAAUGUACAAAAAAUGUUGACAGGCUAGCUUAGAGCUGGACUCAUGACUUCUGUCGUUAAUUACUUCUUUCUUCAGCUGAUACACUGUAAUUUACUUCAUAUAAAACAAAGUGAAUACCUUUAGUUGCAUGUUAAGAUUGACACAAGUCUUUUCUCUUUGUAGUUCUAAACUAAUGCACCGUUUGGCAACGCAAUGCAACACAUAAAAAGAAUCAUUUUUGAUGUUUUUGCUAGCGUAAUGCAGUGCACCGCGUUGCCAAACUGGCACUAACAAAACAGGGUUCAAGCGUUGGUUGCAGAAAAGGCAUGAAACAAGUUUAGAGUUGAGGAGGCUUGAUUAGAUUAUGUCCUCUUCAAUCAUUACUUAAGUUAUUGAAGAACACCAAGUUAAUAAUGCCUCAUUCUUCAAUUAAUUUUCCAAAUGGAAACAGACUGAAAUGAGAAGAUUGAAAAGCUUUUCAAACUCGAAAGGGUGAUUGAGACAAAAACAAGUUUUAGAGCUAAUUUAAGAAGAAUUUAAAUUCAGGGGGCAAAUUGAAAUUUACCCUUAUACAAAACGUUUGAUUAUCAGGAAAUUAAUAUCAUCCCUUGCCUGUGGCAAACACCCUUUUCACCGAAAACAUCUCAACACGUGGCAUAUCUAAUCAUAUUUUUUCUCAAAACCCUCUUUCUCUACCUAAAACCUUUCUAUUCAAAGCUCUCUCUCUUUCCCACAGUGACAAGCUCCAUGUGGAUCACUAAAAAGAUUUAGAAAUUAUGGGUUUUUUUUAUAAAUAUUGGAGAUUAAGCCUGUAGGGUGAUUUUUGAUGAUUGGUGAUUAAUCCAAUGUGGAUUAGGUUGGUGGUGAACCUUCUUUUUUUGGCUGGUGAGAAAAUGAAGGAAAAUGG